UGAAUGAAGGAACACAUUUCAACUACCACAAGACAUGCCCCUUUCGUUUCCCGUUUUGGUGCCUCACAAACAUUUCCUUCUUCUUCUGCUUAUGCUGCUCCUCCUUUGAGACAAGGUUUGAGGUUUCAUCUUGUUUAUCAUCAACUUUGUUUUUGUGUUUUUUCAAAAAAGAAGGAGCUCAACACAAUAAAGUGAAACUUAUUACAAGUUAAUUUGGAGAAGUUGAGUUGCAAGUGAAAACUACUAAUUAUAAUGGGAUUCUUCCACCUAGCCUUGUUUGUGUUUCUGGUUUCUCCUCCUCUUAGUUUGGUUAUGAGUAAAGAUAUCGAACACGGUUCGCUUAUCGUCGAUGGAGCUCGAUCGGUAGCUGAUACCGACGAUAACUUCAUCUGUGCCACCAUUGAUUGGUGGCCUCAAGAUAAGUGUGACUACAACAAUUGUCCAUGGGGAAAUACAUCUAUUAUAAAUUUGGACUUGUCUCAGCCUUUACUGACCAAGGCUAUCCAAGGUCUCAAGCCUUUGAGGAUAAGAAUUGGAGGUUCAUUGCAAGAUCAAGUGUUGUAUGAGGUAGGGAAUUUGAAGUCCCCAUGCCAACAAUUUCAGAAGAAGAAUGGUGGAUUGUUUGGAUUCUCAAAAGGAUGCUUACAAAUGAAAAGGUGGGAUGAGCUUAACCAAUUCUUCAACAAGACAGGGGCAAUUGUGACAUUUGGCUUGAAUGCCCUAAAUGGGAGGCGCAAGACGAAACGUGCUGCCUGGGUAGGAGAUUGGGACAUUACUAAUGCUCAUGAUUUCAUAAGCUACACUAUUUCAAAGGGAUACCAAAUCGAUUCGUGGGAAUUCGGUAAUGAGUUGAGUGGUAAGGGCAUUGGUGCAAAUGUUGGUGCAGCACAAUAUGGAAAAGAUUUGAUAAAGCUUAAACAAAUUCUAAACACAAUGUACCAUAACUACAAGUUCAAACCUUCACUUAUAGCACCUGGAGGAUUCUAUGACAAGAAUUGGUUUGAUAAACUUCUUCAGGUCACAGGUUCUGGUGUACUCAAUGCACUCACUCAUCACAUAUAUAACUUGGGCCCAGGUAGUGAUGUGAAUCUUGAUUCUAAGAUCCUAGAUCCUGAGCGUUUGAGCAAUGUAGAAUCAGUAUUCAGCAGCAUGUCAGAGACAAUUAAGAAAUAUGGUCCUUGGUCUGCUGCAUGGGUUGGAGAAGCGGGUGGUGCAUACAACAGUGGUGGCCGUGAUAUCUCUGACACUUUUGUUAAUAGCUUUUGGUACUUAGAUGAACUUGGAAUAGCAUCAAAAUACAACACAAAGGUUUAUUGCAGGCAGAGUUUAAUUGGAGGAAACUAUGGUCUUCUCAAUACCACCACUUUCUCUCCCAAUCCUGAUUACUACAGUGCACUUUUGUGGAAUCAGCUAAUGGGGAAGAAGGUUCUUUCAGCUUCAAGUGAUGUUCUUUCACCUUUUAUACGUACUUAUGCUCAUUGCUCAAAAGGCAGAGAUGGUGUAACAUUUUUGCUGAUCAACUUAAGCAAUAAGACUCAUUUCUUACUAACAAUUCAUGACCGUGAGUCAAAAGAAGAUGGUGCCAAACACAUCCUAAAAGAAACCUCGGUUUCUAGUCAUAUCAAAAGUGCAUUUUCAUGGGUUGGAACAAAAGCAUCAGAUGUGACAUUCAGAGAAGAGUACCACCUAACCCCAAAAGAUGGUUACCUUAGAAGCCAAACCAUGUUGCUUAAUGGUAAUCCACUAGAGCUAACUAAUGGUGGAGAAAUUCCAAGGUUGGAUCCAGUUAGGAGUAAUGUACAUUCACCAAUACACAUAGAUCCUUUAUCCAUUGUGUUUAUUGUGUACCCUAACUUUGAUGCUCCAGCUUGUGCUGUUGAACAUAAAAAAUCUUUAAUAUAAUUUUUUUUUAACAAAAGAAAACCUUGUAGAUUAGGUAUUAGCACAUUAGGACUUCCUAAUCCAUUGUAAGUGGCAUAAUAAGAAAAUUUGUUCCAUUUCAAUAG